UUAGGAAAUUGACGUUGCCAAGAGACAAUAUGCCAAGCUGAACCCAAUUGAUAUGAAUGCAGUGAUGGAGGCCUGUGUUUGCUGCUACGAUAUUAAUUCAGUUCUUCGAAUAUUUUGUGAGAUGUUGAAGCCGGAAAGUUGUGGCGUUGAUGGGAUCACAUAUGGUACACUAUUGAAGGGUUUGGGAGAUGCUCGAAGAAUCAAUGAAGCAUUUCAAAUACUUGGUCCCUGGAACAAGGUUUUGUUUUCCCCCAAAACAAUAGAAUAUGUUUUUUGCGUUACCAUUACUAUCAUUGGGCUUACUUCUAUUUGCCUUGCUUGCUCUGUUGUAGUGUAGGAGAUAUAUGCUGCACUAAUGGCCUUCUUGCACAUUAUGGUUUUUCACUUCUUGAAGGAGGCAAUCCUCCUAUCUUGAUUGAAUGCAAACUUGGCAGAGCAAAAUGCAGAUAAUGAUGGAAUGUGCUAUGCAUCAAACUAGUGAAGGGGAAGGAAAAAUCAUCAACCUGAUGAUAAUAGCUGCUUUGAAGAAGGAAGAAGAAAGAAUGAACUUUUAAUUUAGGGUAUAGGAUUAUGGAAGUUGCAAAUUU